AUGCAGAAGAGCGUGCGGUACAACGAGGGGCACGCCCUGUACCUGGCCUUCCUGGCCCGCAAGGAGGGCACGAAGCGCGGCUUCCUGAGCAAGAAGGCGGCCGAGGCGAGCCGCUGGCACGAGAAGUGGUUCGCCCUCUACCAGAAUGUGCUCUUCUACUUCGAGGGCGAGCAGAGCGUCCGGCCCGCCGGCAUGUACCUGCUGGAGGGCUGCAGCUGCGAGCGGGCUCCCGCCCCGCCCAAGGCGGCGUCUGGGGCCGCUGCUGGCAAGGACGCCCUGGACAAGCAGUAUUACUUCACUGUUCUUUUUGGCCAUGAAGGUCAGAAGCCACUAGAGCUCCGAUGUGAAGAGGAACAUGAGGGUAAGGAGUGGAUGGAUGCCAUUCAUCAAGCCAGUUAUUCAGACAUUCUGAUUGAGAGAGAAGUGUUAAUGCAGAAGUACAUCCAUCUAGUUCAGAUCGUAGAGACAGAAAAAAUUGCAGCUAACCAACUCCGACAUCAGCUUGAGGAUCAAGACACUGAAAUUGAAAGGCUUAAAUCAGAGAUUAUUGCUCUUAAUAAAACCAAGGAACGAAUGCGACCGUAUCAGGGCAACCAGGAAGAUGAAGAUCCGGACAUCAAAAAGAUUAAAAAGGUUCAGAGCUUCAUGCGAGGAUGGUUAUGUAGAAGAAAAUGGAAAACAAUUGUUCAGGAUUAUAUCUGUUCUCCCCAUGCUGAAAGUAUGAGAAAGAGAAACCAGAUUGUUUUCAACAUGGUUGAGGCUGAAUCAGAGUAUGUGCAUCAGUUGUAUGUUCUUGUUAACUGUUUUCUACGCCCUUUAAGAAUGGCUGCGAGCUCAAAGAAACCUCCAAUCACCCAUGAUGAUGUCAGCAGCAUUUUCCUCAAUAGUGAAACAAUCAUGUUCCUCCAUGAAAUAUUUCAUCAAGGACUAAAAGCAAGGAUUGCCAAUUGGCCUACUUUAAUUUUAGCUGAUCUAUUUGAUAUUCUACUACCAAUGCUUAAUAUUUAUCAAGAAUUUGUCCGCAAUCAUCAAUACAGUCUUCAAGUGCUAGCCAAUUGUAAGCAAAACAGAGAUUUUGACAAACUCUUGAAACAGUAUGAGGCCAACCCUGCCUGUGAAGGGAGAAUGCUAGAAACUUUUCUGACUUAUCCCAUGUUUCAGAUACCUCGGUAUAUUAUAACACUCCAUGAACUUCUUGCUCAUACCCCUCAUGAACACGUGGAAAGGAAGAGUCUGGAAUUUGCAAAAUCAAAACUGGAAGAACUCUCAAGGAUAAUGCACGACGAAGUGAGUGACACUGAGAAUAUACGCAAAAACCUUGCCAUAGAAAGAAUGAUAGUGGAAGGCUGUGAUAUACUGUUAGACACCAGCCAGACUUUCAUCCGACAAGGUUCUCUCAUUCAAGUCCCUUCAGUUGAGAGGGGGAAGCUCAGUAAAGUUCGUCUGGGCUCAUUGUCUUUGAAAAAAGAAGGAGAAAGACAAUGCUUCUUAUUUACAAAACACUUUUUAAUUUGUACAAGAAGUUCAGGAGGAAAACUGCACCUGCUGAAGACAGGUGGUGUUCUCUCUCUCAUAGAAUGCACUUUGAUUGAAGAACCGGAUGCCAGUGAAGAUGAUUUAAAAGGUUCUGGGCAAGUGUUUGGACACCUGGACUUUAAGAUUGUAGUGGAACCUCCGGAUUCUACUCCUUUCACCGUUGUCUUGUUAGCACCUUCUCGCCAAGAGAAAGCUGCCUGGACAAGUGACAUAAGUCAGUGUGUCGACAACAUUCGGUGCAAUGGUUUAAUGACAAUAGUAUUUGAAGAAAAUUCCAAAGUGACUGUGCCGCAUAUGAUUAAGUCUGAUGCCCGUCUUCACAGAGACGAUAAAGAUAUCUGCUUUAGCAAAACAUUAAACUCCUGCAAAGUGCCCCAGAUUCGCUACGCCAGCGUGGAAAGACUUUUGGAGAGAUUGACAGACUUGCGUUUUCUCAGUAUAGACUUUCUCAACACUUUUCUGCAUACUUACCGUAUCUUCACCACAGCAGCGGUGGUCCUGGAGAAGUUGUCUGACAUAUACAAGAGACCUUUCACAUCUAUCCCUGUCAGGUCUUUGGAGUUGUUCUUUGCUACCAGUCAGAACAAUCGAGGUGAACACUUGGCCGAUGGGAAGUCGCCACAUCUGUGUCGAAAAUUCUCUUCUCCACCCCCAUUGGCUGUAUCCAGAACUUCUUCCCCUGUUAGAGCCAGAAAGCUAUCAUUGACUUCCCCCCUGAACUCAAAAAUUGGAGCCCUAGACCUGUCGGCUUCUUCCACGACCAGCAGCCCAACCUCAACUUAUAGCCCUGCUACAUCCCCACCACCGCACACUGGUAAAGUACCAUUGGAUCUUAGCAGAGGCCCUUCUUCUCCAGAACAAAGCCCCGGAUCUCUAGAAGAGAAUUUAGAUAACCCCCGCAUGGAUCUGUGUAACAAGCUAAGACGAAAUAUUCGAAGAGCAGCAGUUCUUGAAACUGUGUCCGGGGAUCGAACAAUAUCUGAAAGUACUCCAGCUGUGGACAUCGCUGAACUUUCACCAUGCCGAUCACCUUCGACUCCUCGACAUUUACGAUAUCGUCCACCUGGAGGACAGACAGCUGAUAAUACCCACUGCUCCGUUUCCCCUGCCUCUGCUUUCGCUAUAGCCACUGCUGCUGCGGGACAUGGGAGUCCACCAGGAUUUAACAACAGUGAGAGAACCUGCGACAAAGAGUUCAUAAUACGCAGAACAGCCACCAACCGAGUACUGAAUGUCCUCCGUCACUGGGUCUCAAAGCACUCACAGGAUUUUGAACUCAACAGUGAACUAAAGAUGAAUGUCCUAAAUUUGCUGGAAGAAGUCUUGAGAGACCCAGACCUUCUGCCCCAAGAAAGGAAAGCCACGGGUAAUAUACUGAGGGCCCUCUCUCAAGAUGAUCAGGACGACACUCACCUCAAAAUGGAGGAUAUAAUCCAAAUACCUGACUGUCCUAAAGCGGAAUGCUUUGAAACCCUGUCAGCCAUGGAACUUGCUGAGCAGAUCACGCUGUUAGAUCACAUCGUGUUCAGGAGCAUCCCCUAUGAAGAAUUUCUUGGGCAGGGUUGGAUGAAAUUGGAUAAAAAUGAAAGAACACCCUCCAUUAUGAAAACCAGCCAGCACUUUAAUGAUAUGAGUAACCUUGUGGCCUCCCAGAUAAUGAAUUAUGCUGAUGUCAGCUCCCGGGCCAAUUCCAUUGAGAAAUGGGUCGCUGUUGCAGAUAUCUGUCGAUGCAUGCACAACUACAAUGGAGUGUUGGAAAUCACCUCGGCCUUAAAUAGAAGUGCAAUCUACAGGCUGAAGAAAACUUGGGCCAAAGUCUCUAAACAGACAAAAGCUCUUAUGGACAAACUUCAGAAGAUUGUAUCUUCAGAAGGAAGAUUUAAAAAUCUCCGAGAAACACUCAAAAACAAUUGUAACCCCCCUGCAGUCCCAUAUCUUGGAAUGUACCUAACUGACCUGGCGUUUAUUGAAGAAGGAACACCAAACUUUACUGAGGAAGGCCUUGUCAAUUUUUCAAAAAUGAGAAUGAUAUCACACAUUAUCAGGGAGAUACGCCAAUUCCAGCAGACUUCCUACAGGAUAGACCACGAGCCAAAGGUCACCCAGUACUUGCUGGACAAAACUCUCAUCAUAGAUGAGGAUACGCUGUAUGAGCUGUCACUAAAGAUUGAACCUCGACUCCCUGCCUGAAGAGCCAGCUUUGCCCCUAAAUCUGUGGAAAGAGACCCGAACUGUGCCUGCCAUGCCUGCACAAUGGGUGGGGAAGGGAUGAGAUUUCAAGCUCCAUUCUCCUCUGACAAAAACUGAGGCUCCCGGAAAUUCUGUCUCAAGCCAGAACAGAGCCGUUUAGGGUGCAAGGCGAAUGCUUCAGACUCGGGCAGGAGGCUGGUGAAGGUGUCACUUUGCAAAGCUAGAACAGUAUUUGCCUCUUUUUAAAGGAAGGCUGGAGUAGAGAAAGAAGGCCUUUGUCACACUGAGUGGCGGUUGCUAAUUUCGUGGGGGUAACCAAGGGGGCAAAUCUGACUCUACCAUGUUCCAUUAAGAGCAUGUGAGCAGAGACAGAGAGAGAGAGAUGAUGAUGGUGAUGAUGAUGUUUCUCUGGCAUGUUACUUAACAAGAAACAUCUACCAACCCAACCUUAGGAUAUAUAUGCUUUCAUUACAUUCACUUUCAAAUCAGUGAGAGCUUCACAGCAAAAUGUAGUCACCUUAGGUGCGAGCUGCCCUGCCCCUGAACUGUUUCUGCUUCAUAGCAUGUGCACUGUUUCAAAUGUAUGGAUCAAUAUGUAUCUUGAAGUAAUCUAAUGUUCUGAAUUCAUCUUUUCAGUCUUUGGGCAGCUAUACAAGAAGACAAAGAUGGGGGUGGGGAGCACGGGGGACAAAAGUGGAGUAAACUUGACUUUGUAGAUAAGUUUCCCUUAGACCCAGAGAGCUGCUUCUAGUAAAGUGGAAGCCCAGUGCAUUUCUCUAGCAUCCACUCUCUCUUUGUUGGAGUGGUCAGGCCCCAGGUAGAUAAAAGAAGGGACCGUCCUGAGUCCCAGGCAUCUGCUUAACUUCUCCGGGAUCAGGGGCUCUGGCUGCUGGCUGAUUUUACUGUCAGCUCAGACACCUGCUCUUGACUAUUGUCACCCUGAGAUCUCUUCCUUUCCUCCUUCACUCCCAUAACCCCACUGGGGAAGUGGCUAAUCAAGCCUAAAAGGCAAUAAGUUCCUACAAUGAAGACUGCAGGAAUGGUGUGUUAAAACUUUUCAAUGCAAAUAUUUGCUUUAAACAACAUUGUCUUUGCUCAAUAUCGACUCUGCUUGUUUUCUGUAUUUCUACCCUGGUAAUUUCUUGGGGGUAAUGUUGGGAUUCUGUUCUGGUAAGGACACUGUUUGUUUUUAAAGGCAAGUGGAUCCGAGAUUAUGAUCUAUGACCAGAAAAGGUUUUGUGAGUAAUAUUUUUAAAGCCCUGUGCUACUGCAUGAUGACAGGUAGAAUCCCCUCUGGGCAUGCAACACUUCUAGUCUUCUGCCAGGGUUUGGCCUAUAGUAGCUGCAGGGGAAUUUAGGGCAACAGACCCCACCAGGCACCCCUAUUGCCCACAGGGAAAGUCAUGUAGGUUAUAGCUAAGAUUACCUUUCCCCAAACUAUCAGCUAGUGAAGAAAUGGGGCUUUGUUAUUGUUUAUCUCUCUUCUUUUUUUAGGGAGACAACUGUUGUAUUUAAUUACAAAGGAAAGGAAAAGAAAGUGAAAAAGAUGUUGUUACCCUAGGCUUUUGCAUCUGACUUUAUCUCUAAGAGUCAAGAAGCUUAUUAAUGCUGACAAUGAAGAAUUGAUCUUUCGGGCUUGAUUUUUUUCCUCUUUAUUUGCACUCUAAUUAUGUUACUAGAGCUAACAGCUGUCCAAUAAAUUCCAUUCAGUCUCUUAAGACCAGUGGAAGGGCUACCAUUGAGGAUGCACCUUUUGUGGCAGCGAAUAUCAUCAUGUUUUCUGUACCUCAAGGGCCAUUUCUGUAAAUAACUACAUAACAAAACAUCAAAUAAGUACUAGCAACUCAAUUUAAAAUCUUUGAAGACCUUUCCAGAAGCAUCUUCAGUAAUUCUGAAUUAACUAGCACGAUAACAUUAUA